GGAUCCUCCCCCUGGCUCCUCCUCUCCCAACGCCCUCCCCUUUCCCCCUGGAUUUCUGACCCUCUCCCGGCUGUUUCUCCGUAAAAAUCCCACGCAACUCUUGGAAUUCUCAUUCCCAGCCCGGUCCAGGAUGGCAGGAAAAUGCGGAGCGUGCGGGCCGGGCUAUCCCAGCCCUCUGGAGGCCAUGAAAGGGCCCCGGGAGCAGCUGCUGUACCUGCCCUGCAUCUACCGCGGCACCGGCACCGGCAUGCCCGACUUCCUGGCCACCGUGGACGUGGAUCCCCGAUCGCCCCGGUACUGCCAGGUGAUCCAUCGCCUGCCCAUGCCCUACGUGGGGGACGAGCUGCACCACUCGGGCUGGAACGCCUGCAGCAGCUGCCACGGCGACCCCACCAAAUCCAGGGAUUUCCUCAUCCUGCCCAGCCUCAUCUCCUCCCGCGUCUACGUCGUGGACGUGGGAACUGAUCCCAGGGCUCCCAAACUCCACAAGGUGGUGGAAGCCGAGGAGCUGGCCCGGAAGGCAAACGCUGCGUUCCCGCACACUUCCCACUGCCUGGGCUCUGGGGAGAUCCUCAUCAGCUGCCUGGGGGAUCCUGAUGGCAACGGAAAAGGCACUUUCGUCCUUCUGGAUGGAGAAACCUUUGAAGUGAAAGGAAAUUGGGAGAAAGGAGGAAAAAUCCCAAAUCUGGGCUACGACUUCUGGUACCAGCCCCGGCACAACGUCCUGCUCAGCACCGAGUGGGGCGUCCCCAAAGUCCUGGCCCAGGGAUUCGAUCCGAAGGAUGUGGAGAAAGGGCACUACGGGCGCCACAUCAACGUGUGGGACUGGCGCGAGCGGCGCCUGGUGCAGGAGCUGGACCUGGGCGCGGGCUCGGUCCCGCUGGAGAUCCGCUUCCUGCACGAGCCCCGCGCCGCCCAGGGCUUCGUGGGCUGCGCCCUCAGCGGGGACAUCCGCAGGUUCCACAGGAGCCCGGAAGGAAAGUGGGAAGCAGAGAAGGUGAUUGAGGUGCCCAGCAAGAAAGUACAAGGAUGGCUCCUCCCGGAAAUGCCAGGCCUGAUAACGGAUAUCCUGAUUUCCCUGGACGACAGAUUCCUGUACUUCAGCAACUGGCUCCACGGGGACGUGCGGCAGUACGACAUCUCUGACCCCAAAAAUCCCAAACUGGUGGGGCAGGUUUUUCUGGGAGGCAGCAUCUCCAAAGGGGGAGCUGUGACCGUGGUGGAGGAUCGGGAAUUGCGGGAUCAGCCGGAGCCGUGCGUGAUCCAGGGGAAGAGGAUCCCGGGGGGGCCGCAGAUGCUGCAGCUGAGCCUGGACGGGCGCCGGCUCUACGUGACCACGUCGCUGUUCAGCGCCUGGGACCGGCAGUUCUACCCCAGCCUGCUCACGGAGGGCUCGGUGCUGCUGCAGCUGGACGUGGACACGGAGCGGGGGGGCUUGGCCGUCAAUCCCAAAUUCCUGCUGGAUUUCGGGAAGGAGCCGGGCGGGCCCUGCCUGGCGCACGAGGUGCGCUACCCGGGGGGGGACUGCACCUCCGACAUCUGGCUGUGAUCCCGCCGCAAUUCCAGGGAAAUCCGGGAAUGAUUGGGAAUCUGGGAACGUGGGGACUGCGCCUCCGACACCUGGAUGUGAUCCCGCCGGAAUUCUGGGAAUAUUUGGGAAUGUGGGGACUGCACCUCUGACAUCUGGCUGUGAUCCUGGAAUUCUCUGCUCCCCGAUUUUCCUAUGGAAUUCCCUUGAGUAGGGCUGAUCAUGAAUGUCCUGAUUUCCCUGGACAACAGAAUAUUUGGGAAUAUUUGGGAAUGUGGGUACUGCACCUCCAUCACCUGACUGUCAUCCCAGGAUAUUCCGGAUUUAUCCCAUUUUAUUAUGCUCCUUUCCUCUCUCCAUCCCUUUUCCCAGGGAAUUUGGGGUGCCUGGGGCUUCUUCUGCUCCCAGAGCAGCGUCUCCUAAAAAUCAUCUCUGACAUUUCUGAUUAAAAAUCAAAACUCCCAAUAAAAUUCUCCUUUCAGCAGCUGAAA